UUCCAAUUCAUAUUUCUUUUGCCUCUCUCUCUCUCUCUCUCUCUCUCUCUCAUAAAAUAAUGAAAAUAGUAAAAUAACAAGUAGGUGAAGAGCUUUCCAGUUCCUCUAUUUGGUCUUUCAAGUAUCUCUGCAAAUUCAAAUGCUACCGAUUGCGUUCCCAUUUUCUCUCAGCCAAGAACUUUGGGCUUUGCUUCACCAUAUCAUCUUCGCCUUUCAGGACUGAAAGCUCUUUGAGACUAGAAGUACAGAGAGUGGUAACACGUAGAAUGGAGCAGUAUGAAAUUCUAGAGCAGAUCGGAAAAGGUUCUUUUGGUUCAGCACUUCUUGUGAGGCAUAAACAUGAGAAAAAGAAGUAUGUUCUUAAAAAGAUUCGUCUUGCUCGCCAGACUGAUAGAAUUCGCAGAUCUGCCCACCAGGAGAUGGAGCUUAUAUCUAAAGUACGGAAUCCAUUUAUUGUGGAGUACAAAGAUUCCUGGGUGGAAAAGGGUUGCUUUGUUUGCAUUGUCAUUGGAUAUUGUGAAGGAGGAGACAUGGCAGAAGCUAUUAAAAGGGCCAAUGGUGUUCACUUUCCUGAAGAGAAACUUUGUAAAUGGCUAGUUCAACUCCUAAUGGCACUCGAUUACUUGCACGUCAAUCACAUUCUUCAUCGGGAUGUCAAGUGCUCAAAUAUAUUUCUGACCAAAGAUCAAGACACACGUCUAGGUGAUUUUGGUCUUGCUAAGAUGUUGACUUCUGAUGAUCUUGCUUCCUCGGUUGUGGGAACUCCAAGUUACAUGUGUCCUGAGCUUCUUGCGGAUAUACCUUAUGGUUCCAAAUCAGACAUAUGGUCUUUGGGAUGCUGUAUAUAUGAAAUGACUGCUCACAAGCCUGCAUUUAAAGCCUUUGACAUGCAAACUCUUAUUAACAAAAUAAAUAAGUCUAUUGUGGCCCCCCUACCGACCAUGUACUCUGGUGCAUUACGAGGACUCAUCAAAAGCAUGCUGCGGAAAAAUCCAGAACUAAGACCAAGUGCUGCAGAGUUGCUCACUCAUCCACAUCUUCAACCUUACAUCCUUAAGAUUCAUCUAAAACUGAAUAGCCCUAGACAGAAUACUUUCCCAGUCCGAUGGUCUGAUUCCAACUACGUAAAGAGAACAAGAUUUGUGGAGCCAGAAACAAUUUCAGUUCAUUCAGUGAAAGAGAAGAGGAUGUCAUUCAGCAAUGACAGGACUCUGAAUCCUAGUAUAUCUGAAACUGAACAGGACUCCAUGUGUUCUUCUCAAACAGCACAGGAAUUCCCAAGCUUGAAUAAAAAGUUAGCAGAUGUAUCGGUUGGCUCUGUCUACGAAGAAUAUGAUAUUGACACAUCAACAACCACCAAGUUUUCAAGUGUUGCCAAGACCCAAAGAUUGACACCAAGAAAGGUUUCUGCUACAUCAAAAAGACAGACAACACCAACGAAGAUAUACCACAUUGUUUCAAAAGGUGACCCGCUUCCGAUGUCACAAACUCCAGUGAGAAGAUCUUCUCAGCCAACACGAAGGGCCUCUCUUCCAUUGCCAACAAGAACUGCAGCUUUGGAAAACCCUUAUAGAGCCAAUGUUGGUCUGUUUCACAGCAUGGAGUCUCCAGAUGUCUCUGUGAAUGCCCCACGUAUUGACAAGAUUGCUGAAUUCCCCUUAGCUUCUUCUGAAGAUCCCCUCUUUCCAAUCCAUCAAAAGUCAUCAACAUCUGCACAAUGCUCUUCUAACUCGCCAAAAAGAGGUGACCGCUCAAUCACCAAGGACAAGUGUACAGUCCAAGUUGUGGAUAGAACCUUUGCCAGGCCCAGUUUCACUGAUGCCAGCCAUGGAGCUACAGGAAAUGGUAGCGAUUGCUCUGAGCAUAAUCCAACAACUGGCGUUUCAAGUCGUUCAUCUUCCGAGUCACAACAGCGUCGGUUUGACACCUCAUCGUACCAGCAGCGUGCGGAGGCAUUGGAAGGGUUGCUCGAGUUCAGCGCACGGCUCUUACAACAAGAAAGGUUCGAGGAGCUUGGUGUGUUGUUGAAGCCAUUUGGGCCCGAGAAAGUUUCUUCCAGGGAAACUGCAAUAUGGUUGACUAAGAGCUUCAAGGAGGCAGCAGUUUAACUGGAAUACUGAUGCCAUUAGAUUUUCGCGAGUGUACAUUGUUUUUUAUAUCUUUGAUAUUUGAAAAUUGGAAGAGUAGCUGAAAAGUCUUCAUCUUGAAGGCUGCAAGCGCAGACUGAUAACAACUGAGCUCUUCUCUUAUUCCCCCCAAAAUGAGAGCUGAUCAAAAGUGUUUUCCUUCUUUUAUUAUGAAAAACAGAGGGGUGAGGGCAUGGGCAUCAACAAUCAGUUCCAUUAAGUGAAUUUUAAUUUUAA